CGGGUUGGAGCUGUGCGCAUGACAGGAGCGGGGCCAGAGGUCAGCGGCAGCCUUUAUCUAAGAUGGUGGCGGCAGGGAAGCGGGCGGUUGGGUAGUGGACUCGACUCGGUUUGUUUUGGUGUCGGCUGUAACCAAUGGUGGGACCUAACGCGGUCGAGCCCGAGGGGGUAGCCGGUGCAGGGUCGCCGGUCGGCCCGGGGAACGCUGCCGCCAUGGUGUGCGUGCUUCCCGACGCGGACAAGGAGGUGAAGAAGCUGCAGGAUCUGGUGAAGAAGCUGGAGUUGCAAAAUGAGCAGCUUCGGAUCCGCAGCGGCCGCGGAGGGAAGAUUAUCGGCGUCAGGCCGCUGUCCUCACUCUGCCGGGCGCCGGGGACCGCUGGCUUUGUCGGCGACGGGCUGAGCCCCGGCGACCCCCUGUUGUCUGAAUACGAGGCGUUGUUUAACGGGUGGAAGGUGGAGGUGCCCGGCAUCGUAGAUGGCUGUUGGCUGCGCUCUCCUGAUGCCGACGACGAGCAGCAACAGGCCGUGUUCAUGGAGGAAGAUGUCCUGGACCUGGAUCCGGAUCCAGCCGUCGUGGAGGAGGAUAGCUGGUUGUAUGUUUCACCGAAGAAGACAGCAACACCAGAUCGAGACCAGAAGACACAGAAUCCUUUGAAAUGGUGCAGACAGGUGUUUGAUCAUCCCAGCCCAGAAACUGAAGCUGCAUGCCGUAGUCUUAUGUGCCGACUUGAUCAAGCCAACAGAUGGAGAAACAUCUAUUGCACUCCGUUUUCCUCAUCAUGUGCUUAUAGCUCCAGUACAGAUGUCACUUCGUGUAGCAAUCUGUUAAAUUCUACUGGUUGCCUCAAAUCGUCUACUAAAACAGUACUAACCUAUGGCAGUUCAGGUUAUCCAGCCAUUCACUCAGCACUCAGUUCCCAGUCAUCCAUUGACAGUGAGCUAAGCACCUCCGAUGACUCUAUCUCCAUGGGAUAUAAAUUGCAAGAUCUGACAGAUGUCCAGAUCAUGGCUCGAUUGCAGGAAGAAAGUCUUCGUCAGGACUAUGCUUCCAGUUCAGCAUCAGCUUCACGCCGUAGUUCGAGUGCCUCAUUAAAUUCCUUGAGGAGAGGUACCUACAGUGAUCAGGAGUUUGACACUUACAGUCUAGAUGAUGAAGACGAGUAUGAAUACUCUUUAUCUCAGCGUAGUGUGCAAAGAUACUCACCGUCACCACGAAAUUCACCUCGAUCACAGUCUCCAAUUAGGGGAGCAGCAACCCCAGGAAGAGUUCGGCCAUCACGACGCUGUUUGCAAGGUCGUGUGUCUGAAUUGAUGAAUUAUACAAAGAAUCAAGAGGAAAUGCGUCGUAGUAUGCCUAAUCUGGCUAAAACUGGAAUUCGCUGUUCCGAUUCCUCGAGGAACAGUCGAAGCUUUGAAUCUAAUUUGCAAAUGCCCAACAAUCGAAUUUCACGUGUGCAGCAAUCUCCAGCAAGUCCAGCUACUGGGAAGCUCAGAUACACUGGUAAUGGGAAUCAGACUUCAUUCUGUAACAGACAGCCAGUGAAAGCAAUUGCUAACAGUAACUCUCCCUUAAUGACAAGGCAUUCUGUGAAAGCAACAGGAUACCUGAGUUCUGGGAGUAAUGUUCGUAGAAUCCAGUCUGCCACUUGUUCAGGCACUUCGCCAACUGGCCUUGCCUCCACUGGAAGAUCCUCCGGUUCAACUCCUGUACCAAGGAGCACCCCGACCAAGUCACGAGUUACUUGCACUACAGCAACCACAGUUUCGAAGAGCAAGCUCUUACAGCCAGCUAGGAGGACCCUGCAACUACCGAAGGCACAAAGUACUGUGACAGAAGAAAAGUGGAAAGAAGGCUGUUACUGAAGAAUGCUCAAAGAUUUGCGAACUACUGGCAUUUGAAAGCCCAGCUGGCUGGGCCAACUUCAAAUGAACACAGGAAAGCAAAGUCCAGUUUCUGACAAUGGGACAAUAUUUUGUAUAGAUUGGUUUUGAAUGUUAGUGGUGAUCUGUGCCAGGAUUUUGAUUCCUGGGUUCAUAUUGAUUACAUUAUCAGCCCAGUUGUGUAAAGCCAGGUUGUGCCAUUAGGUACCUUAAUUUUGCUAGUUUACGUAUUUAUACAUUACAGCCCCAAACUGACAUUGAACUUGAGGGUGGAAUUAUGUAAAAUAUCUUUAAAUAGCUAAAGCAUUCGCAUUUUGCUUUGAUUGUCUGUACCUUUCUACCAUUCCAAAUUUUAAAUGAAUAUCACAAAAUAGGAUCUGUACUUGGAGCAUUUGAAGAUACCUUUGCUGGCUAUUUUCCUAAAUUCAUGUCCAGAUUUUCACUGAUGAAACCUUCUGCGUUAAUGUUGCAUGGCUAGCUUGAUUCCUGAUCUUUUCAAGUGAAUGUGUGAGCAACUAGGAACAGUUUAACUAUCACAAGAUUCAUGGGUAUCUAAUAACAUCCUUGAAAUGUCAGUUAAGCUGUGGCAACAUUACAUACAGAAAUUUGUAAUUCAGCUAUGGUGAAAAUUUGAAAGACUGCACUCAUUGGGGGAAAAAAGUAGUGAUGUAGUUCCUGAUGUUUAAUAAACUUUAAUCAGUCACAGUAUUCCAAAACUACAGCAUAAUUGAACUGUGGCAUGUGUGCUUAAAAUGAUUUUGUCUUGCUAAAUUGUGGGCAAUCUCGGGCCUAUUAUUUCUCACUUCCAGGCAAUUAUUUUAGAGCAGAAGCUAAAUGUGCCAUUGGUUUAACCAGUGUAGAAGAGUAAGAGGAUCCAGGGCCUACUUGUUAUCCAUAACAUGCGUGAGGACAGAUAAAUUCAACUUCAGUCUAUUAAUAUGAAACAAAAUUGGUUUUAUUCCCUCAAUUGUUAAUGUUUCCUAUAUGACAAUCCAAAAUGACAUUAAAUACUUAAAUCCCUUGAGUCUCUUGAGAUUGUUACAAUGUGGUUUUAGCUGAACCAUGUUAUUUGGCUUCAAGUUAUUUCCUUGUACCACACAAUUUUGCUUUAAUUUUAGUUAACAUUUACAGAACCAUCAAAUCUAUUGCUCUCUCCUGUAGCCCUGCCUUAUCCUGUUUAAAAGUCAAGGAUGAAUAAUAAAAUGUCAGUUACUACAUUUUAUUAAAAUCACUAGAUUUAUACAAGACAUUAAGCCAUUGCUGCAAGGAAACCUUGAGCUUUAUGGAGAGGAAGAUGCACAUGUUGACGUUUAGUUUGAUGUAUAGACUGACUUUAUUUUAGCCAGAAUUAUUCACACUCCACCUCCCUUGUCAGAUUCGGAGGGUAGAAUGCCUCAGUUGCACCAUAUUGGGUCAAGGAGGCAAAAAUACAAAAUGUAGGAUGGUUAGUUGAAAACUGGUGUGAGUUGGUCUUAAUGUUUUAUGUACAUGAGCUAGCGGUAAAGUCAGUGCUGUGAUGCAGAUUUUACUAUUACUGUCUUCAAGCAGCUGAUUUACAUGACCAUUUUUUCAUUUGUGUUUUAGUUCUUAAAGGACGUUACUGCACGAUCUUUUGAAUUUGUGUAUUGCAGUCUUUAUAAGAUAGCGCUAAAAGUAAUGUUUCUGUUGUACGCCAGCACGAUGUCUUGCUUUUAUUUUUACACUUUGCUUGCAAUAAUGGGGUAAUAAAUGUAAAAGUCAUUCAACUUGUAUGUUUUUGGUUAAACAAAGCUUUUUAUACAUUUUCUGUACAAAUUCUUAAUCUUGAUUUGUGAUAGUGGCUUCCUGUUUAAUCCCUCAACUAUCCUGUCAUGUUUAAAGUGUUCCUUUUUAUCUACUUGACCAAAUUUUCAGUUACAUGGCACAGUAUUAAAUUUUGAAAUUUUUCUUGUGA